UUGUCAAAGAAUCGAGGAACUCUUUUCAGGCACCAACCAACUGGGGUUGUUGAUGGCACCAACCAACCAUCAAUAUUCAGCUAACUUUCUCGUUCGGGCACAGAAGAAGAAAAAGAAGAAAAUCCGGUUGUGUUUAGUGGUUACAUCUAUUGUAAUAACAGCUGGUUUGGCAGUUGGCAUCAAUAUUGCUGUCACUAGACACUUGAAGCAGACAUGGGAAGAAACAUUCUACAUGGAUGCAAUGCCUAAUUCGACGACCCAAAUUAAAGUGAAUGGUGCAAUGAUUGGAAUGGUGACCAUGAAAUUGCCUUACAUUUCAUAUAGUGAAUAUACCCGUUUGUACUCGUUCUCACAGUCUGCACCAUUCAGGGGUCACAGAAAUAUAUCUGUAUACAAACAAGGUCAUACAUUGUAUUCUGACAAUUAUUUUUAUCAUCAGUUUUAUCUAAAUCGAGGAUCUCGGAUGGAUGCCUCGUUUUCUUGUGAAUGUUGUAUCAAUAAUGGUGUUCAGACAAAUGUCUCAGAUGCUGGAGUGCAAGUGUUUGUAUUGGAGACAAAUCGCUGUUGGCCUGAUUUCACCUCUCAGUGCAUACAUGAGACAGUAAGAGAAACUAAGAAGUUUACUAAGAGUGACUGCCAACUUGAUGAUGGAGAGUUUACUUUCAUCAGCAAUGCAUCGACAGAUUAUCUGAUUUUAUACAGACUCUGGCACAGGUUGGCUAUUUGCUAUUUGCAUGGCAGAAUAGGUGAUAUAACUUAUAGAGGAGAUUUGACACAGUACGGACUUAGAGGGAACGAAUCUUACUGCAGCCCAACAUCCGACUCAUUGAGUUGUUCUAUUGCAAUACCUGACAGCAGCGAAGCUACUGUGGUGCUAGAUGUUGGAAACAUCGCUUAUUUCAAGUACACUGACUUUACGGAAAUACUUCUGACUACUACAUUGAAUUCAAGUGUUAAAGUUACAGUAAAUGCUGUUACAGCUGGCGUCUGUGUUGCUGCUGUGAUUGUUGUUGUCGUUUUUAUAUUAAUUGGAGGCAAGUAUUGCAAGGGUUGCAGGGGGAGGGACGUUUUACGUGAUGAACAAACGCGGCUGAUGGACAGUGACACUUCUAUCAAUGUACUAGGUACUGAUUAAAGUGUUUGAAUCUCAUUAAAAGUUAAUGUGGUAAAGUAACUAAUUUUUUGAGUAAUUAGCUAAUAAUCGAUGCAUUUAAAUAUUUCUUUUGGUUUUGUGAGGUAACGAUUAUAUAAUUAU